AUGAAACUUAUAUUUGCAUUGUCUUGCACUCCUGGGUCUGCUUUUGUGGGUUUGAUGGGAAGUGAAAUGGAUUAUAGUUCUGGGGAAGACGCAGACGUAAGUGAAUCCAAAAUAGAUCAGUAUGAAGAUAUAGCUUAUGAAGAAUUGAAGAGUGGAAGCCACCUCAUCAGAAUAUCCAAUGAAGCUUACACUUGCCCAUACUGUCCAAAGAAAAGAAAGCGAGAUUACCUAUACAAGGAACUCUUACAGCAUGCAAGUGGUGUGGGCAAGUGUAAUUCACAAAAGAGAAGUGCAAGAGAUAAAGCCAAUCAUCUAGCAUUGGCAAAAUACUUGGAGAAAGAAUUAGCAGUUGUCGUGGGUCCGUCAGAACCUGUUGCUGAGGUUGAUCCUCUAGCAGAUCAUGAUGGUGAUGAGAUGUUUGUGUGGCCAUGGAUAGGAAUUGUUGUUAACCUUCCUACUGAAAGGAAGGACGGGCGUUGUGUUGGGGAAAGUGGUUCUAAGCUAAGGGACCAGUUUAUAUGGAGAGGCUUCAAUCCCACAAGAGUGCACCCUCUCUGGAAUUAUCGUGGCCAUUCAGGAAGUGCGGUUGUGGAAUUCAAUAAUGGUUGGUCUGGGUUCAACAAUGCCAUGUCUUUUGAGAAGGCUUACGAGGCUGAUCAUCAUGGGAAAAAGGACUGGGAGGCAGUGAAUGCUCAAAAGUCUGAUGCUUCUGAUCUUUAUGCUUGGGUAGCUCGUGCUGAUGACUACAAUUCCAAUGGCAUAAUUGGGGAACAUCUCCAUAAGAUGGGAGACAUUAGAACCAUCUCUGAUAUAAUGGCGGAUGAAGCCCGUAAGACAAGUCAGCUAGUAUGUAAUUUGACAAAUGUCAUCGAGGUUAAGAAGAUGCACUUAAAAGAGAUGGAGGAAAAAUGCAAUGAGACUUCAAAGUCCCUUAGCAUGUUAAUUGCUAAAAAAGAUGAGCUUUAUCUGGAUUACAAUGAAGAGAUAAAAAAGAUUCAGUCAAGUGCGCGGGAACAUUUUCAGAAGAUUUUUAAUGACCAUGAAAAGCUUAAGCUGCAAUUGGAAACUCAAAAGAGAGAGCUCGAGCUCAAGGGUGAAGAAUUGGAGAAACGUGAGGCGCAAAAUGAAAACGAAAGAAAAAAGCUCUUUGAAGAGAUUGAAAAGUGUAAUUCACAAAAGAGAAGUGCAAGAGAUAAAGCCAAUCAUCUAGCAUUGGCAAAAUACUUGGAGAAAGAAUUAGCAGUUGUCGUGGGUCCGUCAGAACCUGUUGCUGAGGUUGAUCCUCUAGCAGAUCAUGAUGGUGAUGAGAUGUUUGUGUGGCCAUGGAUAGGAAUUGUUGUUAACCUUCCUACUGAAAGGAAGGACGGGCGUUGUGUUGGGGAAAGUGGUUCUAAGCUAAGGGACCAGUUUAUAUGGAGAGGCUUCAAUCCCACAAGAGUGCACCCUCUCUGGAAUUAUCGUGGCCAUUCAGGAAGUGCGGUUGUGGAAUUCAAUAAUGGUUGGUCUGGGUUCAACAAUGCCAUGUCUUUUGAGAAGGCUUACGAGGCUGAUCAUCAUGGGAAAAAGGACUGGGAGGCAGUGAAUGCUCAAAAGUCUGAUGCUUCUGAUCUUUAUGCUUGGGUAGCUCGUGCUGAUGACUACAAUUCCAAUGGCAUAAUUGGGGAACAUCUCCAUAAGAUGGGAGACAUUAGAACCAUCUCUGAUAUAAUGGCGGAUGAAGCCCGUAAGACAAGUCAGCUAGUAUGUAAUUUGACAAAUGUCAUCGAGGUUAAGAAGAUGCACUUAAAAGAGAUGGAGGAAAAAUGCAAUGAGACUUCAAAGUCCCUUAGCAUGUUAAUUGCUAAAAAAGAUGAGCUUUAUCUGGAUUACAAUGAAGAGAUAAAAAAGAUUCAGUCAAGUGCGCGGGAACAUUUUCAGAAGAUUUUUAAUGACCAUGAAAAGCUUAAGCUGCAAUUGGAAACUCAAAAGAGAGAGCUCGAGCUCAAGGGUGAAGAAUUGGAGAAACGUGAGGCGCAAAAUGAAAACGAAAGAAAAAAGCUCUUUGAAGAGAUUGAAAAGAAUACUAUGGAAAAUAGUUCACUUCAGACAGCUGCUGAAGAGCAGAAAAAAACUGAUGAAAAUGUAAUGAAAUUGGCAGAUAUACAGAAGAAGCAAAAAGAGGAUCUCCAUAAGAAAAUCAUUCAGCUGGAAGAACAACUGGAUGCAAAGCAAGCAGUGGAGCUAGAAAUUGAGCGUCUGAGAGGAACAUUAAAUGUUAUGAAGCACAUGGGAGAUGAUGGUGAUUUAGAAGUUUUACAAAAGGUGGAGGCAAUGCAGACAAUGUUGAGGGAAAAGGAAGGAGAAUUUGAGGAUUUAGAAUCAUUGAACCAAGCUUUAAUAGUGAAGGAGCUCAAGAGCAAUGAUGAGCUUCAGGAAGCUCGUAAAGAACUGAUUAAUGGCUUGAAAGACCUAUCAGAGACUGCUCAUAUAGGUAUUAAGAGAAUGGGGGAGCUCGACAACAAACCAUUCCAUGAAGCAAUUAAGAGGAAGUAUAAUGAAGUAGAAGCAGACGAGAGAGCUUCAGAAUUGUGCUCAUUGUGGAAGGAGUAUCUUCGAGAUCCUGAUUGGCAUCCCUUCAGAGUCAUCAAUGUUCAUGGAAAACAUCAGAGAGUUCUACAUGAUGAAGAUGAAAAGUUGAAAGGUCUGAAGAAUGAAUUUGGUGAUGAAGUCUACAAGGCUGUCACAACAGCUUUGACCGAAAUCAAUGAUUACAAUCCAAGUGGAACAUAUAUCAUUUCAGAGCUGUGGAACUACCCUGAAGGUCGGAAAGCUACUUUGAAAGAGGGAGUCGCCUUCAUACUGAAACAAUGGAAAAUCUUCAAGCGCAAGAGCGGGAUGGAUUGAUGGUCGGAAUUAUGUCAUGCCUAGUGUAAACUAUUGCAGUCCGUAUCUAUGUCAAGAAUAAUGAAGGGUCACAAUGCCACUAGAGUUUUCCAUAUAACAAAGUGGCUGGGUGAUGCAGACAUAGUUUUGAGAGAUCUGUAUUGUAGAUUUAGCGUACAAUUAGGCAGUAUAGAAUCCAUUGAGGAGUUGGAUUUGAGUCAUAACCGCACUCAUCAACAUCUAGAUGCCGUUGGCACUGUAUUGUGCUCCAAAAGCAAGCUGGGCACUGGCUAG